AUGAUCGAUGAAUUCUCAAAUGCUUUAUUUAAAUAUUCAAUUAAGUCUCUUAAUAAAUCGAAUAAUACGGAUUCUAUUAUGUUAGAAGAAUCUCGAUUAAAGCCAAUCGAAGAACGAUGGCGACAAUCGAGUUGUAAAAGAGGCCAUGGACAUUACACAAAAAAUCCUGACGAGCCGCUAUUUACAGAUCUAGUUUCGUCAUUAUUAACAUGUAAAAAUGAUGUUAAUUGUGAUUUGAAAUUACCUACGUUAUCACCUGACUGGUUAAAUACUGUUGUUGGAUUAAUUCUUUCAACAAGAAAUAAUAUUCGUCAUCUUGAUAAUUUAUCAUCGUCAUUAUUCUGUAACUCUAAAUUAAUUAAUGUUAUUUCAACAUUUGUCGAUAAAUGGACCAGUGGAACAGCAAGUGACGGUGAUCUAGCAAAUAUUACAUCAACACUAUCAACACAAGAAUUACCUGAAUCUUCUGAACGAUCUGCAUAUAUUCUGGAGCAGAUUCUUAUACCGUUGUUACCUUGUCAUCUUUUAGUUAAUAAGAUCUAUUCGUGCAAGUACUGUGAUUCUAAAGUGAAAAUGCAGAUGACAAUAACAUCUAUCCCAGUCAAUACAACUAAAACAGGUUUAAAUCUUGAACACCUAAUUUAUUCGUUUUUUUUGCCAACUCAAUCAGAUUUUCUUUGUUCCUUGUGCAAUAAACCGACAAUACGUAAUAUUGAAGUCGUGCAAUGGCCGCCUGUAUUGAUUAUUAAUAUUAAUGAUAUUCAAACACAUGCUAAAUUUCUCAAACCAACUUAUGUUAUUUCACUCAAUCACUUCUCGAAUUGGCUUGCAAUUGGUUCUCCAUCAGCAUUCAUUUACGAUUUAAUAUGUUUUAAUAGUUUAAUUCAAUCAGGUACUAGUACUACAAUGACCUUCAUGGAUCGAAAUUCUUUGCCUACAGAUAUCUUCAAACUUCAAAUCAAAUUGACUGAUUCAAAUGGUAUCAAAUCUUCUUAUAAACCAGUUGCUCUGUUAUUACUUAGUCGUUAUAAUGAUUCUAUUGCCGUCAUUAAACCAGAGGGAAACAAAUUCAUUCAAUACACCGGUGAUACAUAUUCAAAAACAGUGCCUAUCUCAUAUUUAAAAAUGAUUGAUCUAUUUAAUAUUAGUGGUAGUAUACUAUGUUUUCAUCGUCAGGUAAAUUUAGCUGCAUUAAUGACUAAUAUUUUAUAA